UAAAUUUCAAAUUCAACAGAAAAAUAAAAAUUUUAUUUACAAUUCAAAUUUUGAACUUCAAACUUUUAACGGUUAUUAGAAAUUAUGCAAUCAAGUCCUAGAAAUGACAAUAAUGAAGGCAGCCUAUAAGAUCCCCAGUUCUUAUGAGCUUCUCGGGAUUCUAUAUUAAUUUUUUCAUGCAGAAAAUCACGGUCGUUUAUAAUGUGCGAUUAUGUUGCAUAUGCACUUCAAAUUCCUCACAAUUCUAUCUUAACAUCCACCAAAAUGUAAUAUCCUUUAAGAAUAGCUAUAUCCCGUUAUCUCAUAUCAUAGAAGAAACGUUACAAUUUAAGUUAUCUCGUGAUGAUCAGCAUAUAUGCAUAGAUUGUAAGUCAAAAGUCAUCGAAUUCUUCAUUUUUAAGAGACUUAAUGAAGAAGGUCGAAAAAUAAUCUCGAAAGUUUCAACAAUUCACGUGUUAUCUAGUCCAAAAGAAAAUGUUCUAGUCACAGAUCAAUUAGUCAUUAAUGAUGAGUUAUGUGACGCAGAUGAUAAGAGUUUAACAUCCAGCAGUGAGAGUAAUUUGAGAAAGUUGACAUGGAAGAGAAAUAAGAGAAAGGUUGCCAAAAAUGCAGGCAUGUCAUACGUAUCAUCGAAAGGAAAAUUUGUGGAUGCAAAGCAAAUGAGAAAAAGUUGCAAUUCAUGUCGACUUAAUUGCUCGCAAAACGUCACCGAGGCUGAUCGAGUCAAAAAUUUCGAAAGUUUCUACAAACUUGGAGACAUCGGUAAGCAAAGGUCCUUCCUAUACAGUCACAUGAAAAUUGUCGCCCCAAAAAGAAGCCACAAGACGAGAAAAAUUCAAAGACAUUUCUACUUGGAUACAUUCAAUGCUAGUGGGUCAAGUAAACUCAUCAAGGUCUGUCGAUUCUCAUUUCUCAAUACAUUCUGUAUUAGUUCUCAAAUGCUGGAUACAAUUUAUCGGAAAUUUACAUAUAAUGGUGUAAUUGACGAUGAUCAACGUGGAAGGUACGAGAGAAAUAAGGACCGACUAAAGGAAUCGACAAUAAAUUGUGACGAAGAUUGAUCACGUAAAGCAAAAAAAGAAGUUUUUAUUUUGGCUAUUUCCUCAUUUCUUUAACAAAAAUUUUCUCUUAAGUGUUACAAGGUUGCUGCUUAUUGGGGUCGAUUUUAGUCAAGUGAAAUGUGGACCAGUGGAAUCGAUUGGAAUUUUUGAGUUAAUCAGGUCAAUUUAAAUUUAAUUCUUCGAUUUAAUUUUAAAUUUCAAAGGAUAUAAAUUUAAAUUCUUGGAUUUAAUCUUUCGGAUUUAAAAUAAAUCCAGGAUCAAAAAUUUUAAUAAUACCAAAUUAUGACACUUUUAAUGGAAG